AUGGACAUUUCUGCACAGAGAUUUGCCAUGAACGGAAGAAGCAUGAGACUCCCUCCUGGGUUUCGGUUCGAUCCCGAUGAUGAGGAUCUUGUGUUCGAGUAUCUCGCCAAGAAGGUCCUCCACCGUCCGAUGGACUUCGACCUCCCUGAGCUCCGUUCUUGCAAUGUUGAUCCUUGGGACUUGCUAGGAGAGAAGAACAAGGAAGUGUAUUACUUCGUGAAGAAGGAAGAGCGAGAGAGGAAGGGAAGAGAGACGUUAUCAGGUUACUGGGAAGAGUGUGAAGAAGAGGAAGUAAUGGAAGCUGGUGAUCGUGAAUGUGGUCAUUUAGAAGGAAGGAGAAAGACAUUUGCUUUCUAUAUUGGGAAAAAACCUCGAGGAACAAUAACUCCAUGGAUCAUGUACGAGUUCAGACUUCUUUCCUCUCGAGCUACAAGGUGGUCAUCGUCUCUUUUGCCUAGGGGUGAUUUAGGGAAAUGGAGGGCAGUGAAGGUGGUGGUGAAGGAAGAGAAUGAGGAAGAGAUGAUGGUGGAGGAUGAGCACGAGUCGGAUGAGUCUGAUGGCGAAGAAGUUAUUCAAAGCCGGUGACGACCAGGUUGAUCGAUGCCCAUAUAUUUAUAUGUAUUGGUUUUGUGGUGAAUCCAUUUGAGUUAGUUAUUAAUUAACUUAUAGUAUUGUUAGAAUAUUAGGGAACAUCUAGAUGAAAAUGAGGAUAUAUAUAUGCUCUAUUUGUCUUAUUGUCUUCCAAGCCUUUUGGAAUGUAAUUGAGGUUGUGGUGAAAGAUGCCAUGCCACAAGUUGCGUUCA